AGAAAAGUUCCUCCUUGUGCGCCAGAGACGCUAACUCGUAAAAACCAUUUUAGCUUUUUUCUCUCUUUCUGUGGAAGAGUUAUUGUUUGUAUUGUCAGCCACAUCGGCAUCAUCUUAAACGACCGACCCAUGCUCACCAUUUCCUCAUAUAGUUAAGGUGCAGCCCUGACUGAGAUGGCCAUGCCACUGCAGUGCUACAGGACAGUCUUACUGACGAUAGCCUUCUCUUUUCUGCCAUGCAUCACCUCCUCCCUCAACCUGGAGGAUCCCAAUGUCUGCAGCCACUGGGAGAGAUAUUCCGUGACAGUGCAGGAGUCGUAUGCCCAUCCUUUUGAUCAGAUUUAUUACACCAGCUGCACAGACAUCCUCAACUGGUUCAAAUGCACUCGACACAGGGUGAGCUACAAGACAGCCUAUCGCAGAGGAGAGAAAACUAUGUACCGCAGAAAGUCCCAAUGCUGUCCAGGAUUCCUUGAAAAUGGAGAAAUGUGUGCACCUCAUUGUGCAGAGAACUGUGUUCACGGCCGUUGUUUGGCCCCCAACACCUGUCAGUGUGAGCCUGGAUGGGGGGGGUCCAACUGCUCCAGUGCUUGUGACAGCGACCACUGGGGUCCGCACUGCAGUAACAGAUGCCAAUGCCAGAACAAAGCUCUGUGUAACCCCAUCACUGGAGCCUGCAUCUGCACACCCGGUUACAAAGGUUGGCGCUGUGAGGAGGUGUGCAAAGUCGACAGCUACGGUAAUGGUUGCCAGCAGAAAUGCCAGUGUCGGAAUGGAGCUCGCUGUCACCACGUGACUGGAGAAUGCACUUGUUCCCCGGGAUACACUGGAGCUUUUUGUGAGGACUUGUGCCCUCCUGGGAAGCAUGGACAACAAUGUGAAGAAAGGUGUCCAUGCCAGAAUGGCGGAGUGUGCCAUCAUGUGACCGGAGAGUGUUCCUGUCCAGCAGGAUGGAUGGGUACAGUAUGUGGACAGCCAUGUCCAGAGGGGAGAUUCGGCCCAAAUUGUUCUCAAGAAUGCCAGUGUCACAACAAUGGCUUAUGUUUUUCAUCCACCGGGCAGUGUCUUUGCAGCCCUGGAUACACAGGAGAACGGUGUCAGGAUGAGUGUCCAGUUGGUACCUACGGUGCCGGCUGCACAAAGACGUGUCGCUGUAAGAACAACAGCAAAUGUUACCAUAGCAACGGAAACUGUCUUUGUGAGCCUGGAUACACAGGCAAGACAUGCGAUGUCCGACUGUGUCCCGAAGGACACUACGGCCUCCGCUGUGAUACCAAGUGUCCAUGCCACGCCCAGUAUACACACAGCUGCCAUCCGAUGUCGGGGGAGUGUGCAUGUGUGUCAGGCUGGUCCGGCCUCUACUGCAAUGAGUCGUGCACCCCGGGCUUCUACGGCGAGUCCUGCCAGCAGGUGUGUCGCUGUCAGAAUGGUGCAGACUGCCACAGUGUAACAGGAGCGUGUGUCUGUGCUCCGGGCUUCACGGCUUUGGACUGUUCAGUCCCAUGCCCGGCAGGAUCUCAUGGAGCAAAUUGCUCCUCCAGCUGUAACUGUAAGAAUGGAGCUGAAUGUUCACCUGUGGAUGGGUCCUGCUUCUGCAAACCAGGGUGGCAUGGAGUGGACUGCUCCAUCAAUUGCCCCAGUGGUACGUGGGGCCUAGGCUGUAACAUGACCUGCAUGUGCGAGAAUGGAGGCGCAUGUGAUGUUGUGACUGGUCGCUGUACCUGUGAUGCAGGCUGGAGAGGCCAGAGAUGUGAACUCCAUUGCCAGGACGGUACCUAUGGUCUUGACUGUAAGGAGCGCUGUGACUGCAGCCAUGCCGAUGGAUGUCAUCACUCCACCGGGCACUGCCACUGCCUGCCUGGUUGGACAGGUAUCCACUGUGACAGUGUGUGUGCAGAGGGCCGCUGGGGCCCAAACUGCUCAAUUUCUUGUCACUGUAAGAAUGGAGCAUCUUGCACUCCUGAUGAAGGAAGCUGUGAGUGCGCACCGGGAUUCAGAGGCACCACCUGUCAGAGGAUCUGUUCUCCAGGUUACUUUGGUCACCGCUGUAGUCAGACAUGUCCCCAGUGUGUCCACAGUAAUGGACCCUGUCAUCAUAUAAGCGGCCAGUGUGACUGCCUCCCAGGUUUCAAGGGAGCACUUUGCAAUGAGGUGUGUCCCAGUGGUUACUACGGUAAGAAGUGUGCACACAACUGCAAGUGCACCAACAAUGGCACCUGUAACCCCAUCGAUGGAUCCUGUCAGUGUUUUCCGGGAUGGAUCGGCAGUGACUGUUCACAGCCUUGUCCGCCCAGUCAGUGGGGACCCAACUGCAUCCACACAUGUAACUGCCACAAUGGAGCACACUGCAGUGCCUAUGAUGGAGAAUGCAAGUGCACACCGGGAUGGACCGGCCUUUACUGCACACAACGUUGUCCUUUAGGGUUUUAUGGGAAGGAUUGUUCCCAGACAUGCCAGUGCAGGAAUGGAGCAGACUGUGACCACAACUCUGGACAAUGCACUUGUCGCACUGGCUUCAUGGGUCAGCACUGUGAAAAAAAGUGUCCUCCCGGUUCCUAUGGUUAUGGCUGCCGGCAGGUGUGUGACUGUCUUAAUAACUCCACCUGUGAUCACAUCACUGGUACCUGCUACUGCAAUCCGGGCUGGAAGGGGGCACGUUGUGACCAGGCCGCUGUUGUCGUUGGCAGCCUGAACACUUUGACGAGCGCCGCCAUGCAGGUGGACACCUAUCAGAUCGGAGCAAUUACGGGGAUCAUUGUGCUGGUACUGCUGGUGCUAUUCUUCCUCCUCUUCUUUAUCAUCUAUCGGAAGAAACAGAAAGGAAAAGAAGCUCCCAUGCCAGCGGUAACCUACACGCCUGCUAUGAGAGUCACGGCUGACUACACCAUUACAGAUGCUCAGGCACCACAUGACGUUCCCCCCCGUAAUUACUUCUCCAACCCCAGCUACCACAGUCUGACCCAGUGCAUCAGCCUUCAACAUGUUAAUAAUUCCCACUAUGGAAAAGCCAAGAACAACAUGUUCACAAUCUUGAAGAAUGUAGAGGAAAGAAAGAGAUAUCCUCUUCCUGACACCACGGGCACGCUGCCUGCAGGCUGGAAACAUGGCGACUGCUUCAACGAGCAGGGAGCUUGCGGAAUUGACAGGAGGUGCAAGGACAAGUCUCUACGAGACGUGGUGAAAGGCACGCGGUGUCAUGGCAGCUGCUGCUCCCUGAACAGCACAGAAAACCCAUAUGCCACUAUCAAGGACCCUCCCCUUCUGACCAGCAAAAACACAGAGUGUGGCUAUGUGGAAAUGAAGUCGCCUGCGAGACGGGAUUCACCCUACGCUGAAAUCAGCCACAGCAGUUUGAGCAGUAAUAAGAAUAUCUAUGAAAUUGAGCCAACAGGAAGCAGUGCUUGCAGUCCUGAUAUCACGCAACCAGGCCAGGACCCAUAUGAUCUACCAAAAAACAGCCAUAUCUCCUGUCACUAUGAUGUGCUGCCGGCGCGAGAAAGUCCAACGUUAGAGCAGCAGAAUCCCGGCAGUGACUGACCACCCCUGGCUGCAGCUCCACCUGCAAGUGUAUAGCAGUUGCCACGCCCCUCUAGAAAGUGAAAGUUAAGCUUGUGUGAGUGAGAACAGCGCAUCUCCCAGUACAACUCCAAUUGUGCUAUGUGAGUGUGGGUGUCAUAACAGCAUUAUUAUGGGAAGCUAUUAGACAGAACCUAAAAGUAUCUCCUUGUAACAGCACACAGAAUCCAUGACCUCUAUAGCUUUCAUUAGCAUUAAUCUUUAUCCUUAAUGAUGGUCGCGACAGUCGAGCGGUUCGGACCAAAAGUGUGGCCAAUAUUGGUGGGUGUGUUUUUAAGAUGUCCAUUGUCACAUCCAUGGUGAUGGCUUUCCUUUUCUUUGGCGCAGUUCCGCCGAGUGGACAUAAGGAAGUCCAAAAAGUGAACUAAAAAGUGAGGUUUUUCUUCAGGCGCACACUGCAUUGUGGUGCUGAAACUAGUUCUCAAGCCAGUCUCGUGUUUCCUGACUAAAAUUAUAUCAUCGUAAACCGAGGACCACCUGCAUGUUACUUGCAGUCUACGAGUCAAUUCUCUCUUUCAGGAACACCAACAUGACCAGCAAGCAUAUGAAAGGAGCAUUAGGACACAAAGAAAUACAUCAAAAACAUACCUAUUUUUAGAUUUGGAAAAUAAAUAUUUAUUUUGGACUAUUUUGGAGAAAAAUGUCAUGCCAGUUUGGCCAUUUGAAAUUUCACGUUAAAAAUAUUCAUUCAUUCAUUUUCUACCGCUUUUUCCUCAGAAGGGUCGCGGGGGUGCUGGAGCCUAUCCCAGCUGUCUUCAGGCGAGAGGCGGGGUACACCCUGGACUGGUCGCCACAUAUAGACACAGGGCACAUAUAGACAAACAACCAUUCACACUCACAUUCAUACCUAUGGACAAUUUGGAGUCGCCAAUUAACCUAGCAUGUUUUUGGAAUGUGGGAGGAAACCGGAGUACCCGGAGAAAACCCAUGCAUGCACGGGGACAACAUGCAAACUCCACACAGAGAUGCCCGAGGGUGGCAUUUAACCCUAGUCUCCUAAGCUGUAAGGUCUGCGCGCUAACCACUCGACCACCGUGCCCGUUAAAAAUAUUACUCUCUAAAAUAUUGUGUUCAUGAGACCCUAAUACUCCUUUGUACAAGUUCAUUCAUUCAUUCAUUCAUUUUCUACCGCGUUUCCUCACGAGGGUCGCGGGGGGUGCUGGAGCCUAUCCCAGCUGUCUUCGGGCGUAAGGCGGGGUACACCCUAGACUGGUCGCCAGCCAAUCACAGGGCUUUGUACAAGUGAUUAUGAAAUUCUGUGUGAACUAGUUCUAACAGCUUUGUCACACAAGUAUGUGGAAGACUCAUCUGUUUUUGUCAGCGUACAGUAAAUGUUGCAUUUUGCAUCGGAACAACAUUCCAUUCCAACAGGUGAUUUACAAAUGUCAGAAAUAUCACCACCUUGUUUACAGUUCAUUUACUAAACCAUUUUUAUUGUUUAUACUCACAGAAUAGUCUACAUUUCUACAAAUACCUAGUAUAGGGGUGUCCAAAGUGAAGCCUGGGGGCCAUUUGCUGCCACAUUUUUAUAGCACAUUCUAAAAAAUAUUAUUUUACAUUUAAAAAAAAACAAAGAUGAAAAAAAAAGAAGUAAAAUACAAAUAUAAGGCAUUCAGAAUCGCAUUCAAAGAUGCUGUGAUGAUAUGCAGUGUUCUACACCCGUCACUAGGUGUCAGUAAUGUUCGGUGAGACACACAAGCACCAGACUUGAUCACUUUUAUUGCAGGUUUGAAUGAUCUCACAAUAGUGACAGUAAGCCCUAGCAUGGGUUACUGUUGUGGUAUAUAUCUCAACUCUGAACCCCCGAUGUCACUUCCUGUCUGGCCCCCACUCAGCUCCCUUAGCACUGGAACACAUUUACAACAACACACAUGAUAUUUAAAGUAUCAAGGUGACUCUAGGGAUGUUAUUUAAUGUCUAGAGGGCUCUAAUAAUGUUAAAGACUGUAUAACUACCAAAAUAUUUCAAAACUGGCCCCAAAACUUGUGUGUCGUCUGUAAUAAUGUUGCAUAACAAAUACUGUACCAUAAAACAACCACACAGGCGAUCUUACAGUUGGGCAUCAUCAAGGUAUUUAUAUUUUUAAGAAUAAAACAAACAAUCAAUUGCUUUAUUGCUGUGCAAUUUAAAAAAGGCUGAGAUGAUCGUAUGAAAUUUAAGCUUAAGCUGGACUUUGGCUUUGUGAAAAGAACGCUCCCUGCUCCGAUAAUUGGCUGUUCCUGUUAUAGGGGGAGGGAAAAAAAGGAAAUUCCCCAGACUUGAUGAGUGAUGAGUGUUUUUGAAGCAUUGUAAAUAAUGUAUAAAGUUAUGUAAUGCUUGUUUUGAUGUAAAAAUGCAAACGUCAGUGUCUUAUUUGUGUAUAUCAGUCAGAAUAUUGAUAUAAUAAUGUGUAACUAUUUGGACUUUUAACCAUCUCCCAAAUGGCAGUUAUGUUUGUUGUAGUCUUGACUGUGCAUGUAUUGCUUAUAAAGACGUG